AUGCGCUCCAUCCUCCACCUCCCCCGCUCCUCCCUUCUCACCCGCACCGCCGUCCCCUCCGCCGCCACCGCCCGCGUAACCCUCUCCAUCCCGCGCCGCCGCUCCUUCACCCGCAGCCUCGCAACCCCCUCCACAAGCGGCUACGGCGAUGCCGACCAGACCGGCGAGUCCGCCUACCCCGAGCGCGCCGGCUCUCGCCCCCGCAUCGACACCGAGCACCCCGGUCGCGAGCCCGUAGACGCAGGCAAAGGCACUGGUAGUGGCGGCACUGCCGAGACUGGCAGCAGCAAGCACAGCAACAAGACCUCUGGAAAGGGCUACGGCGAGGCAACUAGCGAUGGCCCGGGAGACCUCCACAAGGGGGGUUCAUCUUGCCACAAGAACGUGUUUGAUAUGGACGACCGGCCGGAGGUCGAGAGCGCUGAUGUUAAAAAGCAUAAUCGCGAGAUGGACAACCGCUAUGACCACAAGAAGGCGGGGCCUGACGAGAAGGUUGAAAAGGGCUACUGGAAUGGUGAGUAA